UAACGCUGUCUUACGCUAUCUCUUUCAUUCGCCGAUCUUUUUUUAUUUAUUUUUAUUUUUUCUCACUUUACUUAAUACUCUCAUCUUUUCACCAAACUCCAACGUAGACAACACACAUCCUCUUUAUGUUACAAACUGAGUUUCGGAAUCCGCCAUUGUUGUCCUGCUUUGCUUCCUCCAACCGAGACGAUGAACAACUUCUUAUUUGCUAGAAUUUCCGUGCCGUUUCUUCUUCUUCUUCUUGUAGCGUAUUUUGGUUGUGCAUUACCGGCGAAUUCUACUACCUCCGUCAACUCCAACUCCGUCUUGGUUGCUCUUAUCGAUUCUCGUUAUACGGAGCUCGCCGAGCUCGUAGAGAAGGCUCUGCUUUUGCAUACUCUUGAAGACGCUGUUGGGAAACAUAAUGUCACCAUCUUCGCUCCCAAGAAUGAAGCUCUGGAACGCGAUCUUGAUCCUGAAUUCAAGAGGUUUCUUCUCGAGCCUGGUAAUCUAAGGUCUUUGCAGAGCCUUUUGCUCUUCCACAUUGUUCCCAAGAGGAUCGGUGCCGGCGAUUGGCCGCGGCCGGAAAACGCCGAGGUUACGCAACAGCGGCAGCAGCAUCCGACGCUGUGUACUGACCGCGUGGAGCUCACGACGUCGGAUUCCGGCCAGAAGAUGUUUGGCAACGCGAGGGUUAUCGACCCGCACGCCGUGGACCGUCCCGACGGGUUGAUCCACGGAAUCGAACGGCUGUUGAUCCCCCGGUCCGUACAGAUGGAGUUCAAUAACCGGCGUAGUCUCCGGUCGAUCUCCGCCGUAAAACCGGAAGGUGCUCCGGAGGUUGACCCGAGAACGAACCGGUUGAAGAAACCUGCACCGCCGGCAAAACCCGGUUCGUCACCUGCUCUUCCUAUAUACUACGCCAUGGCUCCCGGACCAUCACUUGCUCCGGCUCCGGCACCGGGUCCCGGUGGACCCCACCAUCAUUUCGACGGAGAGAGGCAGGUCAAGGAUUUCAUUCAGACACUCCUCCAGUACGGAGGCUACAACGAGAUGGCCGACAUUCUGGUCAAUUUGACCUCCCUAGCAACCGAGAUGGGAAGGCUGGUAUCGGAGGGCUACGUGCUCACCGUUUUGGCUCCAAAUGACGAAGCCAUGGCUAAGCUGACCACCGACCAGCUGAGCGAGCCGGGUGCUCCGGAGCAGAUUAUAUAUUACCAUGUUAUCCCCGAGUAUCAAACGGAGGAGAGCAUGUACAAUGCCGUGAGGAGAUUCGGCAAAAUCCGAUACGAUACACUGAGAGUGCCGCACCAUGUGGUGGCUCAAGAGGCCGAUGGGUCCGUCAAAUUCGGAAAUGGGGACGGGUCGGCUUAUCUAUUCGACCCGGAUAUUUACACUGACGGUCGGAUUUCAGUUCAGGGGAUAGACGGUGUUCUGUUCCCGCCGGAGGAGAAGGAGACCGAGACGAAAACGAAAACCGUUUCGCACGUUAAAGUUGUAACGAAGCCCAACAGGAGAGGGAAGUUGCUUGAAGCAACAUGCUGGAUGCUCGGGGCCAUUGGACAAGAUUCCUAUUUCAAUACAUGCCACUAAAAAAAUAACCCCAGCUCUCCUAAUUUCUAAAGAGAAAACUUGAAAGAAGGAAAAAGGUGAAUCAAACACUGUAAAAAGAAAAGGAAAAAAAAAGAAAAAAAGAAAAGAAAAGAAGGAAGACAUUAAAUGUUUAUUUUUUGCAAGAGGAUUAGGAUCAAAUGGAGCUAGAACGAGCAGCCAAGGAUGAUAGCAAAAUGGAAACUUAGAACUGAAGAGGAAUAAGCAUUUGGGUAUUUGGUGCAUGGUUUAUUUGUAUUUUUAUUUUUUUUCUUUCUGCUGUGAAAUAUUCCAUGAUUAAGUUGCAUGGGAAGAACAGCUCUCUUGUUUUAGAAUUUUUUUUUUUUAAAUUUUUUUUUGGGAUUUUAGAUGCAAAUAGCUUCAAUUACACAGGAUUAUUGUGUGUUGCAUCACUUGUGAUGUUUGGUAAAGGGGUAGAUGGGAAGUGAUAUGUGUGUGAUUUACAUGAACAAAGAGGGUGCCCCCUGUCACUAUGAUCAUCCCAUCAAGGAGGAACAAAGAAAAAUAUACUUGUAUGAAAAAAUAUUAAUAUGAUAUCAAAUAAAAGUUUAUGUUUUUUU